GUGGAUGUGAUUGCCUGCAGUGACUGUAUAAAGUCAUAUCAACAUAACAAAAGCGACGAAUGUGUAGAAAGCGUCGGAGCAGCAAAUGAACGACGACGAAACAUCUGCGCAUUUCAGAGGAAUGAGAUGGAAUGUGUGAGAAAACAGGAAAAUUCACUACGCUGGAUAAAGUAACCUGAACUAACCUCAACUGACUACGAUGUAUACGUCGAUUGACGUCGAUUAUUGAGUAGUUUGAGGAAAUGGAUAAAAACUUGGACGAAAAACUGUUGGAAGUAAUACCAAGUUGUAGUACUUCUACGAAUUCAAAUGUGACGGGAACAAGAGACGGAAACAAACAGAACCUAAUACAAGAGAAAGAUUCCAAUAGUAUCUUAACUAAAGAUAUUUCAGUGAAGCUUACGCGUUUAUCAAAUACAAAAAAAAAAAGAAUACGUAAGAGAAGAAAUAGAUGGAGAUAUGGCCUACUAGAAACAAGGUUUUAUAAAAAAAAUAUAAUUCGUUCUUCUAAGUCUUCGAGUUAUCAGCAAUCAUUUCAAAAUAUAAAACCUAUUACAAGAGCUAUAUCGUCAGAAGGAAAUGAACAAAUAGAUACAUACUUGCAUAUUCAAUCAUAUCAAAAAGAAUUGUGUGAAAAUGCUCAGCAGAAUGAGCAAAGAAUAAGUAAUACGGCACAAAACAAGACUGAACAUUUUAAUUUAUCAACAUGUGAGACACAGAAAGAAGAUUUGCAUGUCGAUAUAACUCAUGCAUGUGCUCGUACUUUACCAUAUAAAUAUUAUCGGAAAAACAUUACACCUAGGAAUAUGAGCGCAAUAAAUUGCAAUUCUUUAGCUACACAAUCAUCAAGUAUAAAGGAAACAGAUCAGAGUUUGCAUAGCAACAAUUCUAACCUUAGUAACCAUUUAUCUCACACAAAAGCAGUGAACAGACUGAUUCGUUUAAGAUUGAAGCUUAUGGCUGAAAAAAUAAAAAAAAAGCUGAAUAAAUUUAAAAGGCUAAGAAUAUAUAAAAGCUCGUCUGACAGUGAAACAGAAGAAUUGCAUUUACCAAGCAAGAAACGUCGGAAAAUAUUAUUAUCGGAAUCUGAUAAUGAAAAUGAAAUUAUAAGUAAUACGACAGUAAAUGAAGACAAUAAUUGUAAUAAAUCUCAUUUAUCUCCUGAAAAGAUUGAAACAGAAAAAAUAUGUAUUGACUCUCCAGCGAAAAUUAUUUUAACCAAAUUGGAAGAAAUGAAAGAUGAAGAUGUUGUUAAAUGGCGAAAGAGCACAAUAAAGCAUUCGGAUAUUGCAUCUGAAUCAAUAGAAGAACAAUUGGAUCGACAGAAGCUGUCGCAAAAUUUUAUAGCUUCAGAAUCUCAUGACAAAUUGAUUUUACCAAUAGAAGAUAAAUUCUUGGAAACACAAGAUAUUCCUGAGAAUUCUCCAUUAAUCAAUAGUUGCAUUGAUACACAUUUAUCAAGAUCAAAAUUAAAUAAACUACGGAAGAAAUAUAAACUGUUCAAGAAACCUAAAAUUCUGCUAAUAAAACUGGAUACUUUACAGUAUUCUUCUAAAAAUGGAAGAUAUUCGGCGAUCAAAGUCGAAUAUUUAAUGAAGAAAUAUCUAAACUUUGUGAUAAAUUCUAUUUACAAAAAUAAAUCUGAAUUAACGAUGUAUAAAAACAUGUGCUUAGAAAGCAGAAUGGGUGCAAAUAUCACUUGUAUAAAAGAUCAUAGUAUAAGUUCUAGUUUAUCUGGAGGACAAAAUGUAAACGAAAACCCUAAAUUAUGCUUUAGCGAAGAAAAUUCAAUAAAAGACGUUCUGACCACAGAAAACAGCGACAAAAAUGCUCUAUCUCAGAUCUGUCAAGAGCCCAUUCAAAAUCAUUGUAAAACUUUAUCGCCAAGGGCAUCCGAAAAGAACAGUACUUCGUCAAAGGAACGUUUAGAAAUAUGGCGAAACGCGUUUCGUACAGUAACGACGUCGGAAAAAUCACAAGAUAUAAUCGCUUCUACGUCGAAAUCACCACCAAAAAUAUUUUCCUUUUUGAGAAACUUGUCGAAGGAAUCGGUGAAUGCGGAAAGCGAGAGUGUCACUUUGGCUUCCACAUCGUCUUCCAUGAAACAUACAACAUCGAUCAGAUCUAUAAAACUCACUUCGCCGAAGAAACAGACAAACACUUCAACAAAGCCGACAGAAUGUAAUAUAUCCAAACCCGAGUCAUCCAUCAGCAGUGAAAAUCUUCUAUGUGACACAAAUGAUAAAACAAUCUUUAGAAGUGAUUUUACUCAAUCUAAGGACGGUACUGUUUCUAAAAGUCUGUGUAAAAACGCAAAAGAGACAGACGUUAUUACAUUUAACGCUUCUUUAAAAUCAGACAAAAAGAUAUUGGAGACGUCACCAAAAUUGUGUAAGAAAACAACCAAUCUUGAAUCAACUAAUGAUAAAUCAAUAAAGUCAAAAACUUUGGAAAAUUGCAGCGUUGAACAAUUAUUUCAAAGAAAACAAAAGGAAGAAGAGACACCUCAAAAGUGCGUUACGUGUGGCACGUCAUUUAAGAAUUACAAUUUGUUGUUGAAACAUUUGGCUUCUUGUUUUUAUACAACACUAAAUAUGGAUUCUAAUUCUACUUAUGCAUCAAAAUGCAUAAAAUCCUCACUUUUAGAGAUUAUAAACAAGGAACAAAAUUUAGAAAACUCGAAACCGUCCACAUCGAAACAGCAAUGUUCUUCAGUUAACGGAGAAAGUAGCUCACGUCAAUUUGAUAAAUCCGUUGUUAAUUCCGAUAUGAAAAUUCUAUCCUCUUCUUCCUCCUUAUCAUCAUUGAAAGCCAUUAAAAUGCGCCGUCGACCAAUCAAGAUGUCAAAAAAUAAAAUGGAAGCUAGGUCAGUUAUAAAGUCGACAUCUUGUCAGAAUUUUUCAAGUAGUGCGAAAAUUCCAGAAUCCAAUAAUGUUAAAUGCAGUAGUUCGACGAACAUUCAAAGAAAACAAAUAAUAUGCAAGAUUUGUUCAAAGUCCUUUGAUACCAAUCAAGAACUUUUUGAAGAUAUGGCGAAACAUAUGGCUAAUGAUUUCCAGAGUAUGCAAACUAUGAUCGAAAAUUACAUUACUUCUACGCAAGAAUCUAACAAAACUAAUGAUCAAGUCUCCAAUGAUAUAGUGGAAAAUUCGGUAGAAGCCAUGAAAGAAGUCGAAAUGGUUGAAAAUAAUAUCAAUGAGCCAAAGAAGAAUCUGCCAGAAAAUACAAACAAAUCGAAUGCGGAGAAUCUUGUGAGCUCAAAAAUAUCACAGCAGAAGACCAAAAAAAGAAACAAAAUUUCGAAGUUAUCGGUGACAGAUACUGUAGAGCAAGAUGCAAAAGAACAGUCGAUGCCUGUAACGAAUAAUAUCGAACAAGAAGCUAGCAAGACGCAAUGUGCGGAGAAAGAAAACGUAUGUGACGCUGAAUUAUCUUCAGAACUUCAAAGUUCACCAAAGAAAUCUUUCUCUAUUUGUAAGUGCCAUAAGCCCAAAAACGAAACAAAUAAGACGAUGAGAUCGAACAUUCACAUCGAAAUAGUUUUAUUGUGCACCACUUGCCACACAAUAUUUCGACGCUUGGAAUGCUUCGAGAUGCACUGUAUGAGGUCUGUGGAUAGCACGCUCUGUAAUAAAAAUCGACUACAAGGUAGGAAGUCGAAGUUGCUCUGUGUUAGGUGUCAACAGACGUCGAACUCUCUCGAGGACUUAUUACAACAUUUAAAGAUGCAUUCUCGACUUGAUCGCACAGGCACGGUGACAUUUUCCUGCAGCAUAUGCAAAGUUAUCUUCUAUAGUUUUGGAACGCUUUUCGAGAACCAUUUCCAAAAUCAUGAGAAGAACUCGUUAUUCCUAGCUAGCCGUCUCUCGUUUCCAAGGCCUUCGUACAUCAGCUCAAAACUGAUCAAGUUACCAACAACAGACGUAUCGAUAGAAAAUCUUUAUAUGCAAGUAGCCGAUUAUGUGUGUCAAGACUGUAGAAUGCCUUUUAUCUACGAACAGGAACUGAAAUCACAUAAGACGGUUUGCGAAAGCGCCACCAACAGCGUCGAGCCUCGCUUCGGAUUUUCGGAUGGCAAGAGCACGACUUCGACCCUCAACAAAAUACCAAUCUCGCUAAAAUGCGGAUUUUGUAACAAGACGUUUUACAGCAGGAUGUCCUUUGAGUUGCAUUCAUUGGAGCAUACGCAGAAGCGAGAGUUACAUUUGCAUUAUACUUGCGUAGCUGUUACCGCCGUAACGAAAGUAUAUAUCUGCAAAGUAUGCACAACCAUGUGUCAAUGUUUGCAGACUUUCACAGAGCAUUGGCAAACUCACAGUGAGCUACGAGCGGAAUAUAUAUGCUCUAUCUGCCGUAAUUGUUUCCAUAGUGUCGAGUUGUUUCAAAAACACGCGCUCGUGCACAGAAACAACAACGAGAAACAGCAGAUACCGAUCAUAUGCGAGGUAAUCUAUCACGACAUCGAUGAUCAGAAUUCCAACAUAAAUUCGCAAAAAGACACUACUAUAAACGAUUUACCUUAUAUGAAUUUAAGUUGUUUUGAUAAUGAGCACAAUUUUAUUGGUAAAUCUAUGAAUGAUAAAUCACAAGAAUCACAAAAAUCGACUUGUUUACUGUAUGAUCUUUUGGAUAAGAAUCAAUCCACACAAUCAUUAGUAUAUUCCAAUAAGGAAGCACAAGCAACUAGAAAUGGCCCGCAGGUUCCGGUACAAAUUUCUUCACACAAUUCCCUCGUUGCAGUCACGCAAUCAAAACCAAGCAGCAAUGGUAACUCGGGAAAUGUUGAUGAUGAUUCAGAUGAGGAGCUAACGAUAGUGUUGUCGGAAAGUGAAGAAAGUUCAGUAUCUAGCGGGAUCAAAAAAAAUGUUGACAAUAUACCUUCUACUCCGCAAGAAAACACGAAAUCAACGACAUCCGAUUCUACCAAUAUUGAUGGGCAAAUACGAAAUAUCAACAAUAUGACUCCGAUUAUAUCAUCUGCUAAGACUUUGAACAACGUAAAAGAAAAUACAAGUUCAAAUGUCCGAGUUAGUGUUAUAAAUUUGAUAGAAUCCGAGAACACGCAGCUGAAGACAAAUUCGAGCGUUUUGAAGGAUAACAAUACCCUUGGAAAUUGUGUAGAUUACCCAGUAUCGUCAACAGCGAAUUCUUCAAGUGAAAACUCCAAAAAAUCGUUACCGAAGGAUGCCAUGAGUUCUGUGCCUAAGGCUUUCUUACGUGUGAAAUCCUUAGCAGAGCUAACAAAUACUCCACCGGAAGUGUCAUCCUUAUGUCAAAUAUGUGGCGUAUUAUUCGAUUCUCAGCAAAAAUUGACGACACAUAUGUUAACACACAACGGUAAUUUGCUUUGCCAAAACAACAAAGUUCAGACAAUUUCGUCCAGCAAUGUACGAGUCUGGUCAACGAAACCGACGUUUAACUCUCAAGCAGUCAUACCCACUCAAGAUCGUUCCCUCCCUUCUACAAUAACUCCAUCCGUAACUGUGCAUCCGAAUACAUCCACCCGAAUAAUCGCAUCCAAACCUCAAGUGAUCGGCGUACAAUCAUUGCAUUCGGUCAGAUAUAACACAAACGUGGAAGUAACAAAACGGAAAGAAUCGUUACGUCGAGAAGAAACGUGUGUGUCGUUAAACAAUGUCGAUGUUACUUCGCAGCAAAUUUCGCAGGAGACGAUCUAUCAUCAAAACUUGCCGCCUCUUAUCAACUAUUCAUUAAACAAGACAAUCCAAUCUACCCAACAGCAGCAGAGUACUGACAUCGUUCCUGUCAGACCGUUCUUACAAACUUAUCAAAGACCUAAACUAUUGCCACCAUCAUAUUUGCAACAACAGCAACCGCAGCAAUUGCCACAACAAUCGCAGAAAUUACAACAGCCACAAAUGAUGCAUCAACAGAAACAACAGCAAAUCCAACAACAGUUACAGCAGCCACAAAUGAUACAUCAACAGAAACAACAGCAAAUCCAACAACAGUUACAGCAAUCACAAAUGGUACAUCAACAGAAACAACAGCAAAUCCAACAACAGUUACAGCAGCCACAAAUGGUACAUCAACAGAAACAACAGCAAAUCCAACAACAGUUACAGCAGCCACAACAACUGCAACCGACGCAACAACAGCCACAGCAACUGCAUCAGCAAUUGCAGCAGUCACAACAACUGCAACAGAUGCAACAAGAGUCACAACGAAUGCAACAGGUACAACAACUGCAUCAGCAAUCACAGCAGCCACAACAACGGCAUCAAACGCAACAACAGCCACAGCAAUUGCAUCAGCAAUCGCAGCAGCUGCAACAACAGUUACAACAACAUUUACAGCAGCCACAACAACGACAACAAACGCAACAAAAGUCACAGCAACUGCAUCAGCAAUCUCAGCAGCUGCGACAACAGUUACAACAACAUUUACAGUUGACGUUGCAAUUACAACAGCAGCAACAACAACAACAGAUGCAACAACAACAACAGAUGCAACAACAACAACAGAUGCAACAACAACAACAGCAGCAGCAACAAUUGAAUGCUGGCAAUAAUGUUAUGCAUUAUAUAAUAUCCAAGACAGAUAUGUCUUAUCAAUUGCAACCAACCAACCUAAUACCAACGAGGGAUAACGUUAUGCUCGUGACCGUGAACACAAUGCAGCGAGUCUCGGAGAACCCGGAACGCUACAUCUGCUUAUAUUGUCCAGGCUUUGAGUGCGGUUCGGUACAGGAGUUUGCGUUGCACGAGAAUUCAUCGAAACACGAGGCCCGUAGCCAUUACAACAGCAUUGGUUAUGUAUCUCAAACAUAAAUUGGUGAAAAUAUAUUUUUUAGAAUGCUUAC